AUGAGUGACUCCAGAUAUCCUCCACCGCUCUCCGCCAAGGACCCUAACUCAUUCGCCUACCCAACUAUGAAAGACAGAGUGCCAGUGAUCCUGUCGAAAGUUGUUGAUCACCUCAGCCGGCAUAGGGACAAAAUUGUGGGCGAGGCUGGCGAAGCUGGACGAGAGGAAUUAAAAUCCAUCAUCGGCAGCCUGUCUCAAUUGCGCUACGAGGUGAUGACAAACAAAGCGGCAGCACCACUCAGAGAUUCUCUUCGGAAGCGACAAGAUUCAGGUGAUGAGCUGAAAUGGUUCGAUUCUGCAUGGCUGUGGAUGGAGUGUUACCUGUACCGCAGAGUUUAUGAGGCUUCUCAGAUGAGCAGUCUUUUGAAGAACCUUGAUGUUUUUGCUGAUCAGAAACAGACUGCAUUUCUCAACUCCUACAAGCCAAUCUCUACAUUGACUAUGUAUCUGUUGGAGGCCAGUCAUGCACUCACACAAGCUGCUCCAGAAACUGAGCUCUCGCGAUACUUCUCAGAGUUUUUACAGAUGUCUUUGUGGGGCAACAAGUGUGACCUGUCCAUCUCUGCAGGCAGUGAGAACAGCCAGGUCAACUGUCCACUUGAGCAGCUGACUAAACUAAAGCCGUUUAUUCUCAUUGACGACUCACAUCAAAUCUUUCAGUCUCUCAGCAACACCAAGCUACAUGGACAAGCAGGUCUAGUGGAUAUUAUUCUAGACAAUGCUGGAUUUGAACUAGUCACUGACUUAUGCUUCGCUGACUUCUUGAUAACCUCUGGCCUUGCUUCAAAAGUACGCUUCUAUCCAAAGACUUUUCCAUGGUUUGUGUCGGACGUGACCCCGGAGGACUUUCACUGGACAUUGAAACAACUCGGCAGCAUGAACCAGGCUUGGAAGCGGGGACAGGCCGAUUGA